CACCCCCUGUCUUCUUCCUUCGAGCAAUAGCAAAAUUUUGCUCUUCUUUUCUACAGGGUUAAUUGCUAGCUAUCAGGGAAAAAAAAAUUAGCAGCAGCAUUGCUCUUGAAAGAAUUUUCAACAGUUAUGGCUCCAUUGGGUACAAUGCUGGUCCUCCUCUCAUUAGUACUAGGCAGUGCAAAAAUAAUUCCUCAAGCAGAAGCUCGGGCGUUUUUUGUGUUCGGUGAUUCUUUGGUCGAUAAUGGAAACAACAACUACUUGGUCACCACUGCUCGCGCCGACACACCACCGUAUGGAAUUGAUUUUCCGACGCACAGUCCCACCGGUCGUUUCUCAAAUGGCUAUAACCUCCCCGACUUGAUAGGUCAAUACUAUGGCUUGGAAGCAACAUUGCCAUACUUGAGUCCGGAGCUUUCUGGGGAUAAGCUGCUUCAUGGUGCUAACUUUGCCUCUGCUGGAGUCGGCAUCCUUAAUGACACUGGAGUCCAAUUUAUUAAUAUCAUUGGGAUGUACGAUCAAAUAGCAUACUUUCUGCAGUACCAGAAGCGACUGAGCGAUCAAAUUGGAGCUGAAAAUGCUACGAAACUCGUCAAGGAGUCCCUUGUUCUGAUCACUUUGGGUGGCAACGAUUUCGUCAACAACUAUUACUUGAUACCUUACUCUCCAAGGUCUCAGCAAUUCAAUCUCCAAGACUACUGUAAAUACCUCAUCUCUGAAUAUCGAAAAAUUUUACAGAGACUACAUGAAGUAGGAGCGGAAAGGGUAAUAGUGACGGGAACAGGACCAUUGGGAUGUGUCCCAGCAGAAUUAGCCAUGCGGAGCAGCAAUGGUGAAUGUGCAGAUGAACUGCAAACUGCCGCAUCACUUUUCAAUCCCCAACUAGCCGAAAUGCUCACUGGACUAAACAAAGAGAUAGGCAGUGAUGUCUUUGUUGCUGCAAACACCAAUCGAGCACACAUGGAUUUCAUUGCCAACCCUCAAGCAUUUGGUUUUGAGACAGCUAAGAUAGCAUGUUGCGGACAAGGCCCUUAUAAUGGGAUUGGACUUUGCACGCCUUUUUCCAACUUGUGCCCCAACAGAGGCACAUAUGUAUUCUGGGAUGCUUUUCAUCCAACUGAAAGGGCCAACAGGUUGAUCGUGCAGCAGAUGUUCAAUGGCUCGACAUUUUACAUGAAUCCCAUGAACCUUAGCACCAUCAGGAUUUUGGAUCCAUAGCCAUGAUGUGAUGAUUUGAUCCGACCUUCAAAUUACAUUUCAGCAUUUGGCGUUGUGUUUAUCAUUAAUCUGGACUUGCCUUUCAUUUGUUACACUAGUUUGCUGUUUCUGCCAAUGAUAGAUUAGACUCUCUUCUGAUGCAUGUCAGUUGCUUGUAGACAUCAUGAUAUCAAGAAGUCCGUAUCUCUUCAUGGGAGUACAUUAUGCUGCAGUUUUCGCUUUCAUUAAUUUUACAGAUUUUUUCAGGAGUGGAAUGAA